AUGGCCGGGUCUCCUGCGCUGCUCCUUCUGCUUGGUCUGGGGCUCUGCUGCCCUGGGGUCUGGGGCCAGAGGCACAAAAUGACGGCCAGAUUUCGCGACAGCAGCAUCACGCACCCCCGGCUGAGACAGCAGCUGGAGCUGGAGUGUCUGACCACCAAGGACGACAGCGGCGUAUUCUGGGUCCGCCAGGACAAGGGUGGGACCCUUCACUUCAUCGUCUUCAUCUCUUCCCUGUCCCGAACCACCUUUGAGCAGAAUGAGAAGACAUCCACACGCUUUGAGGCGAGGAAAGACGGCGGGUUCUACCGGUUGGUAGUGAAGUCUUUCACGCCGCAGGACGAGGGAAACUAUUUCUGCCUCAUGAACAGCAACCAAGUGCUGUACUUCAGCCCUGGCCGGCCUGCCUUCUUCCCAGUCCCCACCACAGCGGCACCCACUGCACCGGCACCCACCACCCAGCAUGGCAUCACCAAAAUGGACUCCUGCCCGAAGACCCUGGCUCCAGAGACCGAGGAGAUCGAGCAGAAUUUCUUCUGUAACAUCUUCAUCUGGGUUCCCUUGGCAGGCGCCUGCCUCCUGCUCCUCAUCGCCCUGGUGAUCACCAUCGUGCUGUGUCAACAAACCCGAAGACGAAGAUGCAGAUGUAAAAGACCUGCAAAUGGGAAGCCCAAGGUGAAACCUAGCACGCCAAACCGACACGUAUAAGCAUCUGCACCUUUUGGCUUCUGGAUCGUCUUCUGGGAGCUGUCACCGCAUAAGCCCAUCACCUACGUUAUCUAUAAUGCUACUACUUCUCGUGCACUCUACCCUGAUAAAUUUGAAAAGACAAGAUGGAGCAGAGACACACGGACAGCAAGCAGGCACUUUUUCUGUGAACUACACACUAAAGCACAGCUCCUUCCAAAACCUGAGGUUUUCAAAUUAAUUCCCAAGGCCAAACGCCUUCUCUAUUCCCAGUGACGGAGCUCUGCGGUUCAGGCAAAAGAAACAAGUCAAUCCUGAUGCUGACAUGUAUCAGUGAUAAGCU